GCUGAUGAGAGAGAGUAAAACUGAGAGAGUUACGGAACAAAGGACAAAUAAAGAGCAGAAGGGGAACAGGAAAUAGCCGGAAAAACUCGCUGCUGGCUGCUGCUCCUCUGCCCGCACCGAUGUCCGAGGCCUGCCCGGUGCCAGCUGAAGACAGUCGACCGAGGCAGAGCGCACAGCAACGGCCACUGGAGUGGAAAGCUUCGGGGGACGGACACCGCUGGAGCUCUUCUCUGUGACUGAGACUCUAUGCAAGGACGUUGUUGUUCAUUGUUAUCACAAGUGGAAGUGGUUGUGUCCUGUGAUAGGCCGGUGACCUGUUUUGCUGCCCAGUGAUGGAUUCCCCAACAGAUCUUUUCGAUGACUCUGCUCCCCAGAUACACGCAUUUGCUCCGACUCACAGCUCGACAGACCUCCCUGGAGUUCAUCCUCAGCCCAGUGCAGGUCGCCCUCCUCCUGCCUUCAGAGCCCCUGGCUUCCCCCUCAUCCACCACCUCCUCCAGCCUGGUGGAGCCCCCAGGAGGAUCGGAGGACAACUCAACACAAACUUGAGCACACACAGACACCUGCAGGGCAGAAAUUUGGAGGAAGACCCAGAAGAGAGGGAUGGACAGGUGGAGCAAGGGAUGGAUGGAGGAGAGGAAGGUGUGAUGGAGGGAGAGGAUAGCUUGUUGGGGGUGAAGAAGAGGCACAGCGACGCCUCCCUGGCGGCCGAUUGGAGUCAGGACAUCUUGAAAGUGAAGAGAAUGAAGCUGGAGAGCAGACCAAGAGAUGGAGAGGCAGAGGAGGGAGGCAGGAGGCGCGAGGGAGGGAGGGAGGGGAAGAGAAGAGAGAGGGAGGAGCUGAAAGAACAGCUGGAGGAGGCAAGAGAGAGGCUGCAGGCGCUGCAGGAGAAAGUAUGGAGGGCUUUUGGGGAAAAGCACUUGGCAGAGGAGGAGAAAAGGAGGAGCAGAAACAAAGGAGGAGUAGAUGGAGGAGAAGGAGAUGCUGGGAUGAUGGAGGAUGAGGACAUUACAGAAGGGAUGUAUGAUGAAGAGGACAUUGAUGGUGGAGAGAUGGAGAAGGAAACGUUCUCCCUUCUUUCUGUUUCCCCUUUUGACAACUUCCACAAACAGAGAGAGGAGAGGCAAAAAGACAGAGAGGGGAGGAUAGAGAGAGGAAGAGGAGGAGGGUUGCACUUGGAGGGCAUAAUGGAGGGAGCGGGGUUGUGGUUGGAUUGUGGAGGGCUGGUAAGAGGAGACUGGCAUGGAGGGAUAGAAGACGAGGGCGAGGAGGGAGGGCAGAAGUUUGCUCAGGCGCUGAAGCUGGAGUUGGGCAGCGCUGUGGCUCGAGUCAUUGACCGAGUUCUCCGCCUUUACACCGAAAUGACAGAUGUCACUCCCUCAUCUCCUCCUGCCGCCAUAUCUUUCCUCCCAUCCGACGCAGGAAAUGACGAAGGGAGGGAGAGGGGAGUGUGGAUGGGACUAUUAACGCGAGGAAGAGGGGAGGAAAACAUGAGAGGUAAGGAGGAAAAGUCGGGAAGACCGGAUGGAGAAAGAGAGAAGCAGCUCCAAAAGAGGAGCAACGGGAGCGCCCUGCCUCCUGGACAGCCUCAUCGCACCGAGCCAUCAGAUCUGUCGAUGCCAUUGGCUGUUCAGAGGUCACCUGACAUACGAAAAGCCCACCCGCUCCUCGGCCCACCUCUCUCUUCUCACCUAAACCCCUCUCAUCCGAACCUCUCCCUUCACCCCCCUUCUCUACCUCGCCCUCCUCCUCUCUCUCAUCCUCCCCUCCUGCCUCCAACUUCACAACCCAAGGACCUCUCCUCCUCCUUCCACCCAUCCUCCUCCACCUCUUCUUCUUCCUCAUCUUCUUUCCCCGCUCCUCCCCCUCCUCCUCCUCCCCCUCCUCCCCCUCUCCCUCUUCCCCUUCUUCACUACUCCAUGCAGCAACUCUUCUCUCGCUCUCUUCACCACCCUCAGCUCCCCCACCUCCCCCCGUCCCGCAAGGACUAUUUGAACUCAGACCCUUUCUUGGAGUUCUCAUCUCACCCCUCCUCUCACCCGUCUUUCCCGCCACUUCCUCUGCUCGGUCACCUGGACCCAUCCCUCGCACGUCACGCUCAUGGAGGCAGAGAAAGAGGGAUGAGGGGAGAUGGGGGAAUGAGAGGAGGAGGGAUGGAUGGAGGAGAGCUCUUUCUGACUGCUGGGGGAACCCAGGAGGGCUUGUCUCCCUGCCAUCUGAAGAAAGCCAAGCUCAUGUUCUUCUACGCACGCUAUCCCAGCUCCAACACACUCAAGACUUACUUCCCUGAUGUCAAGUUUAACCGCUGUGUGACCUCCCAGAUGAUUAAAUGGUUCAGUAACUUCAGAGAGUUCUUCUACAUCCAGAUGGAGCGAUUUGCACGACAGGCUGUCCGUGAGGCUCUCACCCGGGAUGGUGCACCUCGUCUGGGCAGAGAGAGUCAGCUGCGAGUGAGCCGUGACACAGAGCUUUACCGCAUACUGAACAUGCACUACAAUAAAAGUAACGUCUACCAGGUCCCAGAGAGGUUCGUCGAGGUUUCAGAAGUGGCUCUGAGGGAGUUUUAUUCAGCCAUUUGGACUGGGAGAGACACCGACCCCUGCUGGAAGAAAGGGAUAUAUAAAAUUAUCUGUAAGCUUGACAGUCCUGUGCCAGAUGCCUUCAGGCUGCCUGGUUGUCCUGUUGGCUGAUGUUUGGACCACUUUCAUCUGGUACAUGUAUACAAAUGCAUGCAAAGCCCACUGAAUGACGGGGAUUUUGUUAAAGUGUUCAGAAACAAUUUCACACUGUGAGAACUGGUAUGAGGAAAUCCAUUCAAUUCUACUAUUUGGUUAAUUCAUAAUUCAUUUGUUUAGAAAAAAAAGAUAACUUUGUGUGCAGGGAAAGACAUAAUGCUGAAAUGGACAAACACACACACACACACACACGCACACAUAGGGUGAAUAGUAGACUGACACCCUCAGUGCUGCGAUAAGAGUCUUGUGACUGCACUUAUCGGGGAACGUGACCAUACCAUUGAAUUUAAAUGGACAGAACAGGAAUUCCCUUUCCAAACAUUCUUCACUAGUCAGCUGACUUGUGAAAUCACAGUGCUGCUACACAGGUUUGAUAAAACUGUCAGGAAAGUAAGAUUUGCUGCAGCCACAAAUCUGGAAUUGACUCAAUUGACUGGUUUGAUAUUUUUUAAUGUCAUAGACAUAUGCAUACUUGCUGUAUAUGGUGUGUUUCCAUGAGAUUUGUGAGCAUCGUGUCUGGACUACACAUCAUUCAUUCACUUGAAAAUAUAAUCUGCAUUCACUGGAAUUCCCUUGCAAAUGGUUGCAAUUGACAGAAACAUGCCAUUCUAUGCAUCCACUCAAAUGCAAUGCUGACAACUGUUUACCAAGCAUGGGCACUGCACAAUACAUGCUUUAGAUACAUUUAGACAAUGAGGCCACAACCUGAAAAACCCCACCAUGUUCUUGAUAAAUAUUAUUUUUAAAGAAAAAUCAGUACCAUUGCUUUGUGUUCAAUCAUUAGUAAUUUUGCAGGAACAGCACCCAGCUAUCACGCCCAAACAUUUCAGUGCUGCUCUCCCUCAGGGGUGUUCACACUUAGAGACCUGUCAUCAAAUAUGAUUGUUUGCUAGAAAUGAACUGUUAUUGUUGCCUUGUGUGUGGGCUUCUCUCGAGUGUACCCUUUUUUUUUUCAGUGUGCCCCACAGCUUUUACAUUUUAGUUCCAGAUAUUUUCCACGGCUGUGAGGAUGCUUUCCUUUUUUCCCUUUGCUCCAACAACACUAGGCUGACAUGUUUGCAUUCAUCAGAGGUUGAUGUUUGUAUCCACUAACGACAUCAGGUUUGGGAAUCUUUAAAGAAAACACGAGGACCAAUUAACGUUACGUAAUAUAUUGGAACUGUUUGGUUAAUUGUAAAACAUGAAGUUGCCCUUGUUUAAGAAAACAAUCUGGGCAGCGGUUUCAGUCAGUGGAUUAAUUUUGCUUGUAUAUCAAUCUCUUUGUUCAACAUUGAAUUAUUAUAUAGCUUUUGUACAUGAUGGCACAAUGUAAUCAAAAUGUAAUUAAAAUUCUGCCAAGAGGGAUAAUAUAUUGAAUUUAAAAUAGUAAUAUUAAUGUUUUGUUGUUUCCUUGAUGUACUCUUAUCGUUAAAAUAUUCACUUCUGUUUUUGUAUUUCUUUAACGUGACGCUGAAGUAAAUAGGCCGGUUGCACAGUUAGUAUAUAUCGACAUUUGUUUCCCAAAGGAACUGAGGAAAAAAGUUUGCUCUAUCUACUGUAUAUCAUGACUCAUUCAUCUGGAAAAAACUUGGUUUUCUGUUAAUUCAAAUGUUGAGAUCCAGAUAAAGACCUCCUCUGGCUCUUAAUCACAACUCUGUGAAAUCGAGCCCAUAUGUAAACUAUUUGUGACGUGUUUUCAAGUGCAUGUUUCCUAUAUUUGCAUUACAUUUUGUAUUGUAAUCUCUUUAU